AUGCCCGCAGUGUUUGAUAGGGCUGACCUUCAGGGUUUCCGUGCUGCCAAGGAGAUUGAGCGCCUAGAUAUGUAUCAUGGUGAUCCAGAAGACAUUCGCUCAUCAGUCUCUGCAAACGAUGGUUGGCAGGAGACGAGUGUGAAGAUCCGUAUUCCCGCAGACGGAGUCGCACAUAAGUCACUGGAGGAUGCACCAGAAUUUUCCAUUCCUGGUCUAUUCUACCGUCGUCCUAUCGAAAUUAUCAAAAAUGCGUUCCAUGAAGCAUCGGCCGAGCAUUUUCAUUUCACACCUUUUGAACAACACUAUCUCCCCAGUCCUGACAGGCCUCCCGAACGUAUCUAUUCCAAAAUUUACACUUCUCCCGCAAUGCUUGAAGAACAUGAUUGUAUACGCUCUCAACCACGCGAGGAUGGGUGUACCCUGGAGACUGUAGUAGCGGCCAUCAUGCUUUGGUCUGACUCUACCCAUCUUGCCAGCUUUGGGACCACAUCUCUUUGGCCGAUAUAUUUGUUUCUUGGAAAUCAAUCAAAGUAUGACCGAAAAACACUUUCCGACAUAAUACAAGACUUUUAUUGUGAUACUUUCGGUAAAGCUGCUACAGCACAGGUUCUUACGCACUGUCGUCACGAGCUCAUGCAGGCCAUCUGGCUACUUCUCAUGGACAACGACUUUAUGCAUGCCUAUGAAUUUGGUAUUGUAAUUGAGUGUCUUGAUGGGAUUCGACAACGCAUAUUUCCUCGCUUCUUUACCUAUUCUGCUGACUAUCCCGAGAAAACACUACUGGCUUGUAUAAAGUUCCUUGCUCAGUGUCCAUGCCCUCGCUGCUUAACCUUGAAGAGCAAGAUUGGGGACUUAGGGAAGAAGGUUGAUCGAUACAGGCGAGAGCGUUAUAUUCACGAAGACAGUCAUUGGCUCUGGUCGACAAUAACCAUGGUUCAAGACUGGCUAUACAGGAAGGGAGUAAAUAUAACUAGCAAGCAUGUGAAGGAUAACCUUGGUCCCAGGUCACUCAUUCCAACACUUAGCGCAUUUUCAACUCAAUUGAAACACUUCGGGGUCAAUUUCUAUGAACUUUUUGUCCCUGACCUCCUGCAUGAGUUCAAACUUGGGGUAUGGAAAGCAGUUUUCACUCACCUCAUUCGCAUUUUGUAUGUGCAUGGUGAGGAGGCAAUCCAGAAACUGAAUCGAAGAUUUUGUCAAGUUCCAACCUUUGGUCGUGGAACAAUACGUCGUUUCAGCAACAAUGCUUCUGGUAUGAAGCACCUUGCAGGGAGAGACUUUGAAGACUUAUUGCAGUGCGCUAUACCUGUAUUUGAGGGCCUCCUCCCAUCACUCUACAAUGAGCCUCUCCUUGACCUCUUAUUUGAGCUUGCUAUGUGGCAUGGUCUGGCGAAGCUGCGGAUGCACACUGACAUGACUCUCAACUUCCUUGACUUGUCAACGACACGACGUGGUCAGUUUCUCAGGAACUUCAUGAAGGCAACAGCAAAGGAGUAUGUUAUGAAGGAUCUUCCAAGCGAAGAAGCUGCACGAGGUCAUCGCAAAGCCAACAAGGCUGCAAAAGGUACUGGAAACUCGACUGACCAGGGACCUCGAAGGUCUGGUCAGCAGAUGAGCAGUCCAAAACUCCAUGCCCUUGGUGAUUAUGUGGAAGCAAUCCAAAAGUUUGGAACGAGUAAUAACUACUCAACACAGCCGGGAGAGUGUGAACACCGACGAGUCAAAUGGUUCUAUCCUUGUGUGAGCAAGGCGAAAUUCACUGCUGGCAUAGCCAAGCAACAACGUCGCGAGCGUAUUCUGUUUAAGAUGGCAGAAGGAUCUCCUUAUGAAAAGAAGGGAAAGGGUAAGCAAGACGCAGGCAAGCAGAAGAGAGUACUUCAGUUGUCCUCUCCUGAUGCACCUGCACUGCGCUUUGAGGACUCACAACCAUUGCCCUACAGUGAUCCACAAAACCACUAUCACAUCUCCACUAGCACUCGGUAUCACAUCAAUAUAUACAAGUGGCUAGCACAACACAAGAGUGAUCCUGCAUUGAACAACUUUCUACCUCGACUGAAAGAGCAUCUACUCUCCCGCCUGCGCGGGCUAGAAUAUGAUGGAGAUGAGAGAGAAUUCACAUCUGCUGAGCGCAGCACCGUCAUACUCAUCCAUGAAAAGAUAUUUCACCACAAGGUUCUCUGUGUCAACUACACAACUUACGACUUGCGCUGUGAUCAAGAUUCACUUAAUCCUCGGACUAAUGCUGAUGUCAUGCUCCUUGCACAUGAGGAUGGUGGUGAUGGCCACCCUUACUGGUAUGCUCAAAUUCUUGGCGUAUUCCACACACUCAUUAUUCACACUGGCGAGCAUUCAAAAUCCCAUGAACCCCAGCAAAUGGACUUCCUUUGGGUCCGAUGGUUCGGCCGAGAUCCUGGAACAGAAUGGCACCCCUACACUGCUGGUUGGAAGGUGAAGAGGCUCAAACGGGUAGGUUUCAUUCCGAGUGAUGACCCUGGAGCCAUUGGUUUCCUGGACCCACAGCAAGUCAUCCACGGAAUUCAUCUCGUCCCUGCAUUUCACUAUGGUCACACUGACACCCUUCUUCCGCCCUCAAUUGCACGUCUGACUCACAACAACAAUGAAGAUUGGACCUUUUUGUAUGUUAAUAUGUUCGUCGAUCGAGAUAUGAUGAUGCACUUCUGUGGAGGUGGAGUUGGACACAAAUCCACCUGGCAAGCCACCAACUGGUUCUUGUCUGACCAGUUCAAUGAUGAGAUGGAUGAUAUGGAGAUUGAAGAUGCAGAGUUUGAUUCAGAUGAGGGAGAGUUGCAUGGCGACGCUGAGAUGGAGGAUACUGAGAUUGAAGGUGCGGAGCAGCCAGGGCUUGAUUCGGAUGAGGAGGCAGAUGAGGAUGAGAUAGAAGAAUAUGGGUAUGAUAGCAUCGAGGAGCUUGAAGAAAGUGACGAGAACGAAGAUGAAGAUGGGGGGGAUGAUGGAGGUGCCACCAGUGAGUCUACCUGUUGGCUGCACGAAGCACAUCCACAUCCACAACAAUCGCCCGUUCCUCCUGGGUUGCGAGGUUCACAUCCAUCGACAUUGGACACUACUGGCCAUUUUCAUCCUCGCUCUGGAUAUGUUUUUGGUCUUGGCAAAAACCUAUUUGACAGGUUGCAGGAAGAUCAGUAUAAUUAUUGGAAGGAGGUAAACACUUACUAUCCUUUUCAUGAUGAAGGGGAGUGGGAACUAGCUAUGUUCUUGGUUGAAAACCUGAACCAGACGCAGAUUGACAAGUUCUUGAAGCUGAAAUGGUUUAACACUCGCCCAAAACCAUCCUUCACCUCAAAAGAUCAACUUCUUGACUGGAUGGAUGCCCCACCCCGCCCUGCAGAAUGGAAUGUUUCAAAUCUAGAGUUUACGGGCUACAAGACAAUUUGUCCCAUCCAACUCAUUUGGUGCGAUGCUUUAGAGGUUGUCAAACAACUUUUCAGCGACCCAGUUUUUGCCAAUCACAUUACCUUUCAGCCACACAUACUCAAUGUCAGGAAUCAGCGCAAGUAUGGAGAUUAUAUGAGCGGCAAUUUCGCAUGGAAAAUUCAGGACUGUCUCCCAUUAGGCGCUACGCAAGUCCCAAUCAUCUUAGGAUCUGAUAGAACUCCCGUGAUGAGAACCACCGGGGGGCUUGAGAUGCACCCCAUCUUCAUCACUAUCGGUAAUCUUGAUUCAGAGGUUCGCUCUAAGGCCACACUCUGA